CCUGGGGAUGCGUAAGUAUUAAUAGGAAUAGCUGAUCCUUGAACCCAAAGCUUCAGGGUUACCAAACUCAGUAGCCUUUUCUUUUAAGCAAAUACUCGCACCAAAAUUCCCGAUCAUCAUUCUCUUUCUCUCAAUACUUAGUUGCUUCGAAAUGAACCAAUGCUUUCAGCCACCAGUGUCCAGUAGCCGAACUAUCUCACAAAGAACUCACAUAUUCUAGUGAUCCAAGUACUUCAAAAAUUUCCAGCCACACUGAAGGGCCUGUCAGAUGGGUUCGUUCCAAACACCUAUUGGAAUGCGAAGCUCUGCAUUGUUAGAAACAUCAUGUGGAUACCUACUCCAAGAAUUGCAGAUCAUCUGGGAUGAAGUUGGUGAGGACCAGUUUGAAAGAGAGAAGGUCCUCCUGGAUUUAGAACAGGAGUGUCUAGAAGUUUAUAGAAGAAAAGUGGACAGUGCAAAUAUAUCAAGAGCUCGCCUGCAUCAAGAGUUAGCAGAAUCUGAAGCUGAAUUUACACAUCUCCUUCUGUCACUUGGGGAACGAUCUCUCCCUGGAAGGCCAGAAAAAAUUUCAGGAACACUAAAGGAGCAGCUAGAUGCAAUCACCCCAGCAUUGCGGGAGAUGAGGUUGAGAAAAGAAGAAAGAGUGAACCAGUUUCGAGCUGUGAAAGGGCAAAUUCAAAAAAUUUCUGCAGAAAUUGCAGGUCAGUCAGUGUAUGAAGACUCAAUAACAAAUGUCAUAGUAAACGAGAAUGAUCUUUCAUUGAAGAAACUAGAGGAAUAUCAGAUUGAGCUACAAAGGCUUCACAAUGAGAAGAAUGACAGGCUCCAGCAAGUGGAGACAUACAUAGAUACAAUCCACAGAUUAUCCACAACAUUAGGAAUGGAAUCUUCCAUGAUUGUAACAAAAGUUCAUCCAAGUUUGAAUGAAUUGUGUGGCAUAUCCAAAAAUAUAAGUGACAGCAUUUUGGCCAAACUCAACAGCACAGUGGAAUCGCUCAAGGAAGAAAAACAGAAGCGACUUGAAAAGCUUCAUCAUCUAGGAAAGGCAUUGAGAAAUUUAUGGAAACUCAUGGACACACCCUCUGAAGAUCGCCGUCUGUUUUCUCAUGUCACUGGCUUGUUAUCUGUCUCAUCUGCUGAAGUAUCAGAUCCUGGAAGCCUUACCCUGAAUAUAAUCCAGCAGGCUGAAUCAGAAGUGAAGCGACUGGAUCAGUUAAAGGCAAGCAAGAUGAAAGAGCUUUUCUUCAAGAAGCAGAAUGAGCUAGAGGAUAUAUGCAAUAAAUCACACAUGGAGAUCCCUUCAAGACCAGAGAUUGAUAAUAUAAUUACACUUAUAAACUCGGGGGAGAUUGACCAUGCCGAUCUCCUCAUGAGCAUGGAUGAACAGAUAGCAAGAGCAAAAGAAGAAGCUUCUAGCAGGAAGGAAAUAAUGGAAAAGGUUGAAAGGUGGAUUUUAGCACGUGAUGAGGAACGCUGGUUAGAAGAAUAUAGCAUGGAUGAAAAUCGAUAUUCAGUUAGCAGAGGUGCUCAUAAGAACCUGAGACGUGCAGAACGCGCCCGAGUAAUAGUCAACAAAAUCCCAGUUUUGGUGGCCUUGCUUAUAGCAAAGACCAAGAUUUGGGAAGAAGAAAGAAAGAAAGUAUUCUUGUUUGAUGAUGUACCUCUGUUGGCAAUGUUGGAAGAAUAUAACAUGUCAAGGCAGGAGAGAGAGGAAGAGAAGCAAAGACAAAGGGAAAAGAAGAAGGUGCAGAUCCAGGUAGUAGUUGACCAAGAUAAUACAUUUGGGUCAAGGCCAGGCACCAGUAGUCGACGUCUUUCAAACAGAAGCUUAAACGGAGGCCUUAGCAAUGCAACCCCUUUAAAUAGAAGGCUUUCCCUGAGCAUCCAACAGAUGGGAAACAAUAGCAUCAAUUCUGCAACUCAAGGUAUAUCCUUGAUAAAGGAAGCAAGGAAAAUACAGGGACAAAAGAUGUUUGCUCGACCUGGCUUUGCUUCUCAUCUUCGAGAUGAAACAGCUUCAGUGGUCUCAACAUUUUCUGGCCCAGUAUCUCCUUAAAUUUCAUAUCAGAUUGUUAUCUUCACGUGCAUUGCUAGAUCAAAAAGCAUAAGAGAUUAAAGAAAGCCUACUGUGGAACAAUAUGACAGAAUCUGCAGAAUAAUAUUUCGCUCCACUAAAUCAGUUUGAAGAUGUUUAUCUAUGGCUUCCCCCGCAGCAAAUAGACUCGUCUACAACCCAGAGAAUUGUCAGCAGGGGAAAAUAAAACAAGUGUUAGGAGUUUUACAAUUAUUGUUUUAUUUCGUUGCAGACGGAAGGCGCAGUACACCAAUAAAUUAACAUCUACAGGUCUAUGCAACUAUGCAAGCAUGUUUUUAAUCAAGACGCUCAGAUUUUCCUAAUUGAUUGGUCA